CAGUCACACACAGUGACACAACACAGGCUCCAGGCUCCAUGGACCAAACUGUUACUGUCAGAGAGUGAAGAGGCAGACCUGUGGACCAGUAAACCACUGAUACCAGGUAGGUUGGCAUUUUAAUUUUAGGGAAAGUUAGGUUGGCUUUUUAAUUUGAACAAUCAUCAGAUAAUUAAAAACUGAAUACUUCAACAGAAAUAUUGGAUUGGAUUCAUUUUUCAAGUGAUUAAUGUAAAGUGGUACCCAAUCAUUUAAACUUUAAAGUAUUAUUAUAUAUUUACAGGGUAGCAUAGCUGGUUCUGGUGCAUGACGUACUCAAUUGUAUUUAUUUAUUUAUUAUUUAUUAUAAAAUGAUUACAUCAUAAUAAACUGUAAGCUCAAAAUGGUCCGGGUUUACUAAGCCUUUGCACAGAUUUGUAAAUGUUAUUAUCCAGAGGGGAAAGGAUCACGUAGAUAAAGGACAAGUAAAUAAGUACAGUCCUUUAUUCCCCCUCAAACAAGAGGUGCGCACUAGUUACUGUCCUCUAACCAUCACACUAGUUACUGUCCUCUAACAUCACACUAGUUACUGUCCUCUAACCAUCACACUAGUUACUGUCCUCUAACGUCACACUAGUUACUGUCCUCUAACCAUCACACUAGUUACUGUCCUCUAACCAUCACACUAGUUACUGUCCUCUAACCAUCACACUAGUUACUGUCCUCUAACCAUCACACUAGUUACUGUCCUCUAACCAUCACACUAGUUACUGUCCUCUAACCAUCACACUAGUUACUGUCCUCUAACGUCACACUAGUUACUGUCCUCUAACCAUCACACUAGUUACUGUCCUCUAACCAUCACACUAGUUACUGUCCUCUAACCAUCACACUAGUUACUGUCCUCUAACGUCACACUAAUUACUGUCCUCUAACCAUCACACUAGUUACUGUCCUCUAGUCAUCACACUAGUUACUGUCGUCUAACGUCACACUAGUUACCGUCCUCUAACCAUCACACUAGUUACUGUCCUCUAACCAUCACACUAGUUACUGUCCUCUAACCAUCACACUAGUUACUGUCCUCUAACCAUCACACUAGUUACUGUCCUCUCACCAUCACACUAGUUACUGUCCUCUAACCAUCACACUAGUUACUGUCCUCUAACGUCACACUAGUUACUGUCCUCUAACGUCACACUAGUUACUGUCCUCUAACCAUCACACUAGUUACUGUCCUCUCACCAUCACACUAGUUACUGUCCUCUAACCAUCACACUAGUUACUGUCAUCUAACGUCACACUAGUUACUGUCCUCUAACGUCACACUAGUUACUGUCCUCUAACGUCACACUAGUUACUGUCCUCUAACCAUCACACUAGUUACUGUCCUCUCACCAUCACACUAGUUACUGUCCUCUCACCAUCACACUAGUUACUGUCCUCUCACCAUCACACUAGUUACUGUCCUCUCACCAUCACACUAGUUACUGUCCUCUAGCCAUCACACUAGUUACUGUCCUCUAGCCAUCACACUAGUUACUGUCCUCUAGCCAUCACACUAGUUACUGUCAUCUCACCAUCACAUAUUGAGAUAUGAAGAGGAAAGUGAUGAUUGAAAUCGGUCAGUCUAUGUGAUGUACUUUUUAAUUAGUGAUUUUAUGGAUAAUAUAGUUACAGAUGAGCCAGGUAAUAUCCACUCCUACAAGUGUUAUUCUUACUAGUGUAUUCAUUUGUUCCUGUUCCCCAAAACCCUUGUUGGUCCGCGCACCUUGCUUCCAUACAGUAUGUGUCCCUUUCUCCAGUGUGAUUCCAGGAUGUCCCAAUCUAUUCCACCCCCAGCCUAAUAAGCCUGCAGGGAAGCUAAUAAGUUUAGAGCACUGAGAGUCUUACUGUGAGUCUUGAACAGAGACGUUGGGUUUUUGCUACAAAACAAUCAAGGCCCUGCCCUAAACCCCUAUCCUGGUCCCAAUGCCUCUGUGUUUCAUAAGAUCUUUAAGAGCCUUAUCCCAAGAUUCCUCAUGUGCUCUGACAAAACCAGCUGCCCAUAUUAUGCAUGUCGUUCUCUAAAUACCUCACUGGAAAGCCCCAAAACACGUGUUUUAAGACGUCAGAUUAAUUCGAUCCUUAUCACAAUGGGCUCAUUGGGCUCCCGAGUGGCGCUGGGGUCUAAGGCACUGCAUCUCAGUGCUUGAGGCGUCACUACAGACCCCCCUGGUUCGAUUCCAGGCUGUAUCACAACCGGCCGUGAUUGGGAGUCCCAUAGGGCGGCGCACAAUUGGCCCAGCGUCGUCCGGGUUUGGCCAGUGUAGGCCGUCAUUGUAAAUAACAAUUUGUUCUUAACUGACUUGCCUAGUAAAAUAAAAUAAAAAUAAAAAAAUAGAACACCCUGUAAAGUAGAUUCCACAGAAUUGAGAAUUGUUAUUUUUGGACUUUCACUAGAUGGUGUUUUGGGGUUGAGUCCUUUUUUUGAAAGAGAAAAAUAAUUAUUUGUAAACCGGCUGAAUCAUCUUUAGCUGUCUUUUCACUGAUAACAUGUGAGAGAAGGUCAGAGGGGGAAAAGGGCCUCACGAUGACAGGGAGAACAUAGAAAACACACGAGGCCUGCGUCUUGAUGUAUCUUACAAUGAACACUCUACCCACUUUACUUACUUAGAAUUCCUCUUUGUCUCACUUACUUUGUCCCGGUGAACUACUUAGAAAAUAUAUAUACAGAGGUAGCAGCUGAUCAGCAGCUGUUAAAGCAGAACACCUACUGCAACAGGUUUCCACCGACUAGGUCUUGCUCAGGUGGCGUUGAUAACAUUUGUAAUUCGUGUUUUGUCCAGGCAUCACAGGGAUUAAUUUUUCAACGCCUCCAUAAAAUCGCUUCUCAGAACUCAUCAAGGAUAUGGAUUCUGUGUACCAGUAUUUAGGGUAAGAUUUAUUGUGUCCAUUUUUAACUCCUAUAAUGUUAUUUUAUGAAAUAAUCCUAUGUGAACACGCAUGAAAACACCCAUUCACUUUUCUACCAAUGCCAUGAUAAUGACCAAAUAUUGGCAUGGCAUUCUAUCACUGUCAUAUUUCAAUAUACCUGACGUUGAACAUCAAUGGAUUUGUUUUGUUGAAUUUGCAAAAAAACAUUCAUCAACAUGCACAUUUUUCUGUCUCAUUCUAAACUAGGUAUCCAGCACAAGCCAACGACGAUUCAGGGACUUCAAGGUUUGGUUUGUUUCAAGUUUGUUGAAAACUCAAUCAAAAUACCAAACAAACUUAGAUGUUGAUUUGAUGUUAACGUCAGGUCUUUGCCUGUUGGGAUAAAAAAAUCCCAUCUGGCAAAAAACAACAACAUUGAACUCAAAUUCUAUCAACGUCAUCCUACCUACCACCCCUCACUGUGCUCUCCCUCCCCCCCAGCUGGGAUAACCUAUGGCUGUACGGCGUGGGCACCUUCGUGGUUCUGUGGACGCUGGGCUGGCUGUACAGAGACAGUCUGGAGAUAGAAGAUAUCAAGGACAAGUAUGUGUUUGUGACGGGGUGUGACUCUGGCUUUGGGAACUUGCUCUGUAAGAGGCUGGACCGGCGGGGGUUCAGGGUGAUAGCUGGGUGUCUGACAGAGAAAGGGGCUGAUGAUCUGAAGAGGGCGACUGGACCGUACCUGAAGGCGGUUCUCCUAGAUGUGACGAGCACCGCCAGUAUACAGAAAGCCAUGGAGUACACCAAGCAGGAAGUUGGAGAUAACGGUGAGAGACCAUUUGGACUGGGGUGGUUUUUUCCUGACUAUGUUCCUGGUUAGUAAAAACUCUGGGCCCUAGCUGUAACCUAUCCUGGCCUGGUCAGAGUCAAGAAAAGCACAUGGGCCUACUCAUUACAUUUCACAUUUUAGUCAUUUAGCAGACGCUCUUAUCCAGAGCGACUUACAGUUAGUGCAUACAUUAUUUUUUUAUCGAACCCACAACCCUGGCGUUGCAAACGCCAUGCUCUACCAACUGAGCUACAUCCCCUGCCGGCCAUUCCCUCCCCUACCCUGGACGACGCUGGGCCAAUUGUGCGCGCCGCCCCAUGGGUCUCCCGGUCGCGGCCGGCUACGACAGAGCCUGGAUUCGAACCAGGAUCUCUAGUGGCACAGCUAGCACUGCGAUGCAGUGCCUUAGACCACUCAAACAGCAGUUGUGGCAAACAAAACAGAUGCGCUUUACUUGAAAUACACAGUGGAAUCAAAGGUACAGAACAUGUCUGAAUUAAUCGCUUGUCCUCUCUCUCUCUCCCUACAUCUCUCUCUCUACAUCUCUCUCUCUCUCUCUCUCUCUCUCUCUCUCUCUCUCUCUCUCUCUCUCUCUCUCUCUCUCUCUCUCUCUCUCUCUCUCUCUCUCUCUCUCUCUCUCCCCCACCAGGACUGUGGGGCAUCGUGAACAACGCGGGGCGGUCCCUGCCCAUGGGUCCCUCAGAGUGGAUGAGGCUGGAGGACUAUACCAGUACCCUGAAGGUCAACAUGACGGGGGUGAUAGAGAUAACCCUAACCUUCCUGCCCCUCAUCAAACAGGCCCAGGGCAGGAUCGUUAAUGUAGCAUCGGUACUGGGCAGGGUGGCAGCUAACGGUGGUGGAUACUGCAUCUCAAAGUUUGCUGUGGAGUCUUUCUCAGACUGCCUCAGGUAGGUUACUGCUGUUAGUCUGUUGUCUCUUUUUGCCCACAUCGGCGGCUUUAUCUUCCAAGAGUGCAAUAGAGUUCAUUAGUGCACACCGUAGCAAGUUCAGGUAGUCCCUCCCCGUUGCGGGCCAUUUGCUUCUGUUUGGUUCCUAGUGUAAACACACCGGGUACUGUGAAUACAACACAUCUACAGUAGGCAAGUCACAAAGCUCAAUUCAAUAAAACCCUCAUUGUGGUAUUGACCUGCCUCUGACUGCAUGGAACAGCUCCCUAAUAUAGUUACUCCCCUUACAUCUAGUGUCUUCCAUUUAACUAUAUUGUCAUCAACUACUUAUAUUUAAAACUAUAGGUAACGUUUCUACGGAGAUAAAUGAACUGAGUGUGUUUUUUAGAGAAUGCAUGUCAAGGCUUGCUGUUCAUCAACCUACCCGUUUUGUCAAUGUACCUUUUGUUCAGGAGGGAUAUCCACUACUUUGGGAUCAAGGUGUGCAUCAUUGAACCAGGGUUCUUUAAGACAGCUGUGACCAGUCUUGAUCCCAUCGAGAGUGAGCUGCAUCGCCUGUGGAACCAGCUCACACCUGAAGUGAAGGCCAGCUACGGAGACAAAUACCUGGAUAAGUGUAAGUUGUGGUAGUAGUAGUAGUAGUAGUAGUAGUAGUAGUAGUAGUAGUAGUAGUAGCAGUAGCAGCAGUAGUAGUAGUAGCAGUAGCAGCAGCAGUAGUAGUAGUAGUAGUAGCAGUAGUAGUAGUAGUAGUAGCAGUAGCAGUAGCAGUAGUAGUAGUAGUAGUAGUAGUAGUAGUAGUAGUAGUAGUAGUAGUAGUAGUAGUAGUAGUAGUAGUAGUAGUAGUAGUAGUAGUAGUAGUAGUAGUAGCAGCAGCAGCAAGUUAUCCAUCGGAUUAGACCUUUGGUUAAAAAAUAUAUUUAUUCUGUCCUGUAACCUUGUCUUUAUUCUGUCCUGUAGCCUUGUCUUUAUUCUGUCCUGUAGCCUUGUCUUUAUUCUGUCCUGUAGCCUUGUCUUUAUUCUGUCCUGUAGCCUUGUCUUUAUUCUGUCCUGUAGCCUUGUCUUUAUUCUGUCCUGUAGCCUUGUCUUUAUUCUGUCCUGUAGCCUUGUCUUUAUUCUGUCCUGUAGCCUUGUCUUUAUUAUGUCCUGUAGCCUUGUCUUUAUUCUGUCCUGUAGCCUUGUCUUUAUUCUGUCCUGUAGCCUUGUCUUUAUUCUGUCCUGUAGCCUUGUCUUUAUUCUGUCCUGUAGCCUUGUCUUUAUUCUGUCCUGUAGCCUUGUCUUUAUUCUGUCCUGUAGCCUUGUCUUUAUUCUGUCCUGUAACCUUGUCUUUAUUCUGUCCUGUAGCCUUGUCUUUAUUCUGUCCUGUAACCUUGUCUUUAUUCUGUCCUGUAGCCUUGUCUUUAUUCUGUCCUGUAUCCUUGUCUUUAUUCUGUCCUGUAGCCUUGUCUUUAUUCUGUCCUGUAGCCUUGUCUUUAUUCUGUCCUGUAGCCUUGUCUUUAUUCUGUCCUGUAGCCUUGUCUUUAUUCUGUCCUGUAGCCUUGUCUUUAUUCUGUCCUGUAGCCUUGUCUUUAUUCUGUCCUGUAGCCUUGUCUUUAUUCCUUGUCUUAUUCUGUCCUGUAGCCUUGUCUUUAUUCUGUCCUGUAGCCUUGUCUUUAUUCUGUCCUGUAGCCUUGUCUUUAUUCUGUCCUGUAGCCUUGUCUUUAUUCUGUCCUGUAACCUUGUCUUUAUUCUGUCCUGUAGCCUUGUCUGACCCAGAACAGUCCAUAAGGGCAGGAGCCUAUCUGCUGUUUCUAUAGCAUGAGGCAGCUUGAUGUACAAAUCACAUUUUAUUUGUCACAUGCGCCGAAUACUACAGGUGUAGAAUUUACCGUGAAAUGCUUACCUACGAAGCCCUUUAAAAAGUAAGAAAAUUUGCACCAAAGAAAAUAAAUUGUAACACGAUAAAAAUAACAAUAAAGAGACUAUAUACAAGGAUGUGCUGGGACAGAACCCUGUGUUCAACCCCUCCCCUCUCCUCUCCUCUCCUCUCCUUCAGUCCAAUACCAUUGGUUCUACAACAUCUUAACAGUUUUAACAUUAUCACGUUUCUCCUCAACCUAUCCAGACAUCCAGAUCCAGCGGUUGAUCAUGAACGCAGCGUGUGACUCGGACCUGAGUAAAGUGACUAACUGCAUGGAGCAUGCCUUGGCGUCUGCCUAUCCCCGAACCCGCUACAGUGCUGGCUGGGACGCUAAAUUCGGAUGGAUCCCCCUCUCUUACAUGCCAUCCUGUGUCAUCGAUAUUGGGCUGAAACUGGUGAUGCCACGUCCUGCUAAGAGUGUCUAGAGUUACAUUUAAAAGAGUUAAUAGCAUACAAUACAUUGCAAUACAAUACAUAAUACGAUAUAACCCAAUACUAUACAAUACAACACUAAACAAGACAAAAUAAUAUAUUGUUUGAGUUCAAACUUACAGAACCUAUAGUAGCCUACACAUCAUAACUCUAUUUAGAAAAGUUAAUUCAAUGCAUUUGUUUACAGGCCUACUGUCUGUGUUUCUAGAUGGGUAUCCUAUAGUUUUGAAAGAGAACAUAGAAUAUUUGAAUUAUUAUGCUGUUUGCCAACCUACUGUGCCUUUUCGUCACUGUUAUUGAUGUUGCUUAAUUUUGAGCAAUAUUGUUAACUUUGUAGGUAAAAUCUUUAUGAAACCAACCUACAACAAGCAGUUUGAACAAAUGCACUAAUAACCCUCAUAUUCAAUAAGUCUGUUCUUAUUGAAAGAACUGAUGUCCAUUAUAUGAACACAAAUAAUAAAAUGAGACCAAUUAAUGAUUUUGAAAGC